AGUCCGAACCGAGGGUUUCACCUUGGUGCUUCCGUUGUUGAUUUCAUAGCUGGCACACCGAUGAUAAAAUAAUAUUUGUCCAGAGUAAUUAUUUUAGCAUUUAGUGAUCAGAAAACAAGGGGAGAGAGAGCGGUAGCCAGUGCUUGACUGAGGAGCGAGAAGAAGCGAGAGAGAUCCAAACCAAUAAAAACAAUAAAUAUGCUAAUACUUAUAACUUCUACGGCAAUUUUUCUUACCAUUUUCUAUUAUUACUGGACGAAAAACUAUAAUCAUUGGGAAAAUAAAGGUGUUCCAUGUAUGGACAGAAACUUUCCGUUUGGCAGUAUCAAAAGGUUGCUGUUAAUGCAGACAAACUUAGUCAAUUUCUUGAACGAAGCAUACACGAAGUAUACAUUCGCCAAAGCCGUCGGAUUUUACGCACUCCGUCAGCCGAUGCUGAUUGUCAAAGACUUGGACCUCAUAAAAGACGUACUGGUGAAAGAUUUCAACGUCUUUGCCGACAACGGCUUCGUCACUUACGAAAGCGUGGAUGCCCUGAUAGGAUUGAAUUCCUUCACACUCCGUGGCGCAGCUUGGAAACCCAACCGUGCAGUGCAAUCUCCGGCCCAUCGAAUCAGCAAAAUUAAACUUAUGGUACCACUUAUGGCAAAAACGGCUCAAAAUUUUGUGGAAUUUGUAUCACAACAAACUGAGGAGAUAUGCGUGAAUGUCGUUUCAAGGUUUUACACAAUUGACACGGUUGCUUCCUGCGCGUUCGGAGUCAAUAACGAUUCGUUCUUUGACAAAAACUCCCAAUUUCUUAAAAACACUCUAGGACAACUUUUCAGCGAUUCGAACGCAGGUGCAUUGUCCGCCUUUUUUGCACCGUGGUUUUCGCUGAUAUUUCGUACAAGGAUUAUACAGAAACGGGCUGAGGACUUUUUCCUCUAUUUAGCCGAUGAAUUGCUUAGCCAAAGAAAAAGAAGCACUACACCCGGAAAUGAUCUCGUGCAGCAUUUGCUGUUUUUGCAGGAAAAAUCUGCAAAAGAAGGAACGCCAUUAUUGAAGCCAAUCGAAAUCGCAGCCCAGUUGAUGACAUUCUACCUUGACGGUACUGAGACUGCCUCGAUUGCUCUGUCAUUCAUACUUUUUGAAAUAGCGGCACACGAAGACAUACAGAAACAACUAAGGGAUGAAAUAAUGUCAGCUGGGGAGUCAUUGGAAGAAUUUAAUUUUGAAAAACUCUGGUCCCUUGAAUAUCUCAACAUGGUCAUUACAGAAUCAUUGAGGGCACACCCACCAAUCCCUUUAUUGUCAAGAAUCUGUCUUGAGGAUUAUACGAUGAAUGGUGUCAAAAUCGAGAAGGGUACAAAAGUAUUUAUUCCGGUUUUUGCAAUUCAUAACGACCCUGACAUUUACCCUUGCCCAUACCAGUUCAAACCAGAGAGAUUUUCAAAAGUCAACCGAGCGUCACAGAAUAACUAUUCGUAUUUGCCUUUUGGAGAAGGUCCAAGAAUUUGUGUCGGUUUUAAAUUUGCAUUGACUGAAAUUAAAAUGGCAGUAGUAGCAUUAUUACUAAACUUCAAGCUCACACUCUCUUCGAGGCAUUCCACAAAGCGCAUCAUUCCAGAUGAUCGCAGUUCAUUCGUUUACACAAGUAAAGACGACUUAUACAUAAGAUUCCAUAAAUAUAAUAAAUAGUUGAAAUAAAUAUGCCAAUUUUUGCAGGCAUACAAUUUAUAGAGAAUAUAUAUUUUUUAAUUAUGAAACAUAAUAAUGUUUGUUUGUUAAAAGUGUUGACCCUU